AUGGCAACUGUCGAUAAAACUGAUAACAAUACAAGUAUGUCAUCAUUACAUCGUCGUUUUGCUUCUCUUGCACUUUCGUGUGUACAUCGAGAAUAUCCCAACAAAAUUGCUCAUGUUCUUACAUCAGAUGCUGAUAUUCAUGCUCCUCGUGAUUUAACUCCUGCAUUUUAUGGUUGUUUUGAUUGGCAUUCAGCUGUUCAUGGUCAUUGGCUUUUAGCUCGUCUUGCUCGUAUUGAUAAAAAUCUUACAAAUGAAUGUUGUCAAGCACUGAAACAAAGUUUAACAAAAGAAAAACUUGAAUCUGAACUUAAAUAUAUAAAUAAUGCACAACGUCAAGCAUUUGAACGUCCUUAUGGUUUAGCAUGGUUAUUACAAUUAGCCAUGGAAUUAGAUGAAUGGUCACAAGAAGAAAAAGAUAACUCCAAUGAAAUUCAUCAAUGGCGUGAAAAUAUUCGUCCAUUAGAAAUACUUAUUGUUGAUCGUUUGUCAUCAUGGCUUCCGAAAUUAUCCUUUCCAGUUCGUAGUGGUGAACAUAGUCAAACAGCUUUUGCUCUUGGUCUUUCUCUUGAUUAUGCACGUCAUGUAAAGAAUUUAAAAUUUGCACAAAUUAUUGAAGAACAAUCAUUAAGAUUCUUUUCUUCCGAUAAACUCUAUCCAUUUAAUUAUGAACCAUCAGGUGAAGAUUUUCUAUCAGCUGGACUUGCCGAAGCUGAUUUGAUGCGACGUGUUAUGCAGAAAAAUAAUCAAGAAUUUAUUCAUUGGUUUAAUGAAUUUUUACCUGUUAAUAAUUUAUCAUCAAGUCUUGAACCACCAUCAAUUGCCGAUCCAACUGAUCCGAAAUUAAUUCAUCUAGCUGGUCUAUGUCUUAGUCGAGCAUGGAUGUUAGAAGGAAUUAUUGAAGCAUUACCAUUUAAUAGUGAACAACGAAAUCAAUUAGAUCAAUUAAGUAAAAGAAAUGCACAAGCAGGGUUAAUAGCUAUUAAUGAAAGUCAUUAUGAAGGUGGACAUUGGCUUGGUACUUUUGCUAUAUAUUUAAUAACACGACGAGGCAUUAAUUCUAAAAUAUAA